GCGGAGGACGACGAACCUCUGUUUUUAGAGGAUGGGAACUACAAUUCCCAGAGGGAAGUGCGGUCGAGCGCCUCGGGCGGCCUUCGGAGGGGUUCUUCUAGUUUCAGCUCGCUGGGGUCUCUCCCAGCCGGAUGUAGUGUACAGUCCUGGCGGGAGGGGCGGCCCACUGCGGGGUCGUGCCUCCUGGAGCCGCCCCCGGGACGUGAGUCCUGGAGGAGGCGAGGGGUGCGCCAUUUGUUGAGAAGACUAUGAACAGGUCAGAGAACUUGUUCCUUCCCGGCUCCUCAUUAGCAUCUCAAGUUCAUGCUGCUGCUAUUAAUGGAGAUAAGGGCACUCUCCACAGGCUCAUCAUAGGAAACUCUGCCCUUAAAGACAAAGAAGACCAAUUUGGGAGGACACCGCUUAUGUAUUGUGUGUUGGCUGACAGACUGGAUUGUGCAGAUGCUCUCCUGAAGGCAGGAGCAGAUGUUAAUAAAACUGACCACAGCCAGAGAACAGCCCUCCAUCUUGCAGCUCAAAAGGGGAAUUAUCGUUUCAUGAAACUCCUACUCACACGCAGAGCGAACUGGAUGCAGAAGGAUCUGGAAGAGAUGACCCCCUUGCACUUGACCACCCGGCACAGGAGCCCUAAGUGUCUGGCGCUCCUGCUGAAGUUUACGGCACCUGGGGAAGUGGAUACACAGGAUAAGAACAAGACUCUCUCAAUUUUGCAGCAAACAGCUCUGCAUUGGAGUGCUUACUACAACAACCCUGAGCACGUCAAGCUGCUUAUCAAGCAUGACUCCAACAUUGGGAUUCCUGAUGUGGAAGGCAAGAUCCCCCUUCACUGGGCAGCCAACCACAAGGAUCCAAGCGCCGUUCAUACAGUGCGAUGCAUUCUGGAUGCUGCUCCCACGGAGUCUUUACUGAACUGGCAAGAUUACGAGGGUCGGACCCCCCUUCACUUUGCAGUUGCUGAUGGGAAUGUGACAGUGGUUGAUGUCUUGACCUCCUAUGAAAGCUGCAAUAUAACAUCUUACGAUAACUUAUUUCGAACCCCGCUUCACUGGGCAGCUUUGCUAGGCCACGCACAGAUCGUCCAUCUCCUUUUAGAAAGAAAUAAGUCUGGAACCAUCCCAUCGGACAGCCAAGGAGCGACACCUUUGCACUAUGCAGCUCAGAGUAACUUUGCCGAAACAGUUAAAGUAUUUUUAAAACAUCCUUCAGUGAAAGAUGAUUCAGACCUCGAAGGAAGAACAUCCUUUAUGUGGGCUGCUGGAAAAGGCAGUGAUGAUGUCCUUAGGACUAUGCUGAGUUUAAAAUCUGACAUUGAUAUUAACAUGGCAGACAAGUAUGGAGGUACAGCCUUACAUGCCGCUGCCCUUUCUGGCCACGUCAGCACCGUGAAGUUACUGCUGGAAAAUAACGCUCAGGUAGAUGCCACCGACGUCAUGAAGCAUACCCCGCUCUUCCGAGCCUGUGAGAUGGGACACAAAGAUGUGAUUCAGACGCUUAUUAAAGGUGGAGCAAGGGUAGAUUUAGUUGAUCAGGACGGACAUUCUCUUCUACACUGGGCAGCACUGGGAGGAAAUGCUGAUGUUUGCCAGAUAUUGAUAGAAAAUAAGAUCAAUCCAAAUGUGCAAGAUUACGCAGGACGAACCCCUUUGCAGUGUGCGGCGUACGGCGGCUACAUCAACUGCAUGGCUGUGCUCAUGGAAAAUAAUGCAGACCCCAACAUUCAAGACAAAGAGGGAAGAACAGCUUUGCACUGGUCCUGUAACAACGGAUACCUUGAUGCCAUUAAAUUACUACUAGACUUUGCUGCUUUCCCUAAUCAGAUGGAAAACAAUGAAGAAAGGUACACUCCCCUGGACUAUGCUUUGCUGGGCGAGCGCCACGAAGUGAUCCAGUUCAUGUUGGAGCACGGCGCCCUGUCCAUUGCAGCCAUUCAGGACAUCGCCGCCUUCAAAAUCCAGGCGGUCUACAAAGGGUACAAAGUCAGAAAAGCUUUCCGAGACCGGAAAAAUCUCCUCAUGAAGCAUGAACAGUUGAGAAAAGAUGCUGCUGCCAAGAAGCGAGAGGAAGAAAACAAACGAAGGGAAGCAGAACAGCAGAAGGGACGGCUGAGCCCAGAUUCCUGCAGACCCCAAGCCCUUCCUUGUCUGCCCAACACCCAGGCUGAGCCCCACAGGCAGAGCCAGGCUCCCAGCAAACAGCCUCCCACCAGCAACGCAGCCCAGGACACUGAGGAGACAGCCUGUCGAGGAUCUCCGGGCAAACUAUCUCCAGACAGAGCCCCCCAGCGGGAGCAGCAUCUUUCCCCAGAUGUGCAGGGAAGAGACCCCAGAAAGCCAAACGAAUCACCCAGACAACAGUCUAAAGGCCGAUCUGCCUGUGUCCACUUCAGCCCCAGUGAAGGCAAUGAUGGAAGCAGACAUCUAGGAGUCUCCUCUGUUGAGAAGUCCAGAGGUGAGACAGUUGGUGAGCAGCGGUGUGACAAAGGGAAAGGCUUCUUGAAGCAGCCUUCCUGUACCAGGGUAGCCAGGCCUGAUGAGGAAGGAGAGGACCCCAGUUGGGCAGCAGCAAGCCUUCCACAGCAGGAUGGGCCCCGGAAACCCAGCCGGCGGCAGGACACAGCACCCAAGGCCAAAUGUGCAUCCCAGAGAAGGCGCAUUCAAGAGCUCCGAGGAGGAAGGCACUCCCCGGCUGGUUCCAGCCGGCCUGGGAGUGCCAAGGGGGAGGUGGUCCAUGCUGGGCAGAAUCCUCUCCACCAUCGAACACCAAGAAACAAAAUGACACAGGACAAGCUCACAGGAGGGAUCUACUCAGAUUUGCCACAGAACACGGAGGUGUUGGGGUCAGGAGUCAGGAAGUCGGGAACAUCCACCCUGUCUGAGGACACCCGGAUAUCCAAGGAGCCUGAUCCAGCACCUGGUGCUCUCUCUGGGCAGACUCUGAAUAUUGACCUUCUCCCUGUAGAGCUGCGGCUGCAGAUAAUCCAGAAAGAAAGAAGCAGGAAAGAGCUGUUUCGCAAAAAGAACAAGGCAGCAGCGGUCAUCCAGCGGGCCUGGAGAAGCUACCAGCUUAGGAAGCACCUGUCUCACCUUCUGCAUAUGAAGGAGCUUGGAGCCAGAGAUGUGGACAGAUGGAACCGAGAGUGCCUGGCAUUGCUGCUCCAAAUUUGGAGGAAAGAACUGGAACUAACCUUCCCAAAGGACACUGCAGUAACCAGGACCACAAAGAGUUCAUCCAGGGGCAGCUCAGGCACAAAGUCCACUAGACACUCAGUACUCAAGCAAAUCUACGGUUGUUCUCAAGAAGGAAAAGUACCUUAUCCCACAAGAUCUUCCAGAGCUUAUCCUGUGCUGCGUCUCAAUUCAGUGAGCAACUUGCAGUGUAUACACCUCCUUGAGAACAGUGGAAGAUCAAAGAAUUUUUCUUAUAACCUACAAUCAGCUACUCAAUCAAAAACCAAAACAAAGCUCUGACCACCUCUGGAGGAAGAAUGUGUCUGGGGUAGCUGGAAUAGCUAGUGCAGAGUUCUAAUUCUCUGCUGAUUCAUCUUUUACAUCUUGAGACAACUUUAAUCCUCACGCCUAAAGCCUUAGUGGCCUGAAAAUGUGGUAACAAUGAAGUGACCGUGUCUGAAUGUUCUCUCUCUGUUCUUCUACCACACUGUUUUGUAAACUUAGCCUGUGCUACAAGGACCAUGGUACACUGUGCCAAAGCUUCCUGGCUGUCUACCUUCACUUCAGUCAGUACAGCUGUAAAGCAGAACUUAUCAUUAACAGUAAAAUCUAAGUAAAAUUCAGAACAUGAGCACUAACAUGAGAUUUCUGCCAGCCAGCUGGUGCAGGCCUGGGUUUUUGGCCCUGGUAAAGGACUAGAUGAGAUGGGUGGUUAGGAGCCUGUCCUACAGCACCCAUCUUCUUCAUUUCACUUUUUCUCCAAUCUAAUCUUAUUCCAACAUUAUCAUUUUUAAAUUUUAGAGCAGAAUCAUGACCCAGCAUUUGCAUUUACAAAUUAAGACAAGGGGCACCUGGGUGGCUCAGUAAAACGUCUGCCUUUGGCUCAGGUCACGAUCUCCUGGAGCUGCAGCAGGCUCACCACUAACUGGGGAAUCUGCUGGAUAUUCUCUCCCUUUCCUUCAUAACCCUCCCCACCCCAAACACCUACACGCUCUCUCAUUCUCUCUCUCUCUCUCUCACUCUAAAAUAAAUCAAUCUUGGGGCACCUGGGUGGCUCAAUCAGUUAAGCAUUUGCCUUUUGCUCGAUCUCCAGGUCCUGGGAUGGAGCCCCUCAUGAGUCUCCCUGCUCAGCAGGGAGUCUACCUGUCCCUCUCCUAUUCUCCGUUUGUACUCUGUCAAUAAAAUCUUAAGAGGAAAAAAAAAAAUCGGGGGCACCUGGGUAGCUCAGUGAGUUAAGCCUCUGCCUUCAGCUCAGGUCAAGGUCUCAGGGUCCUGGGAUCGAGCCCCGCAUCAGGCUCUCUGCUCAGCAGGGAGACUGCUUCCCCCUCUCUCUCUGCCUGCCUCUCUGCCUACUUGUGAUCUCUCUCUGUCAAAUAAAUAAAAUCUUAAAAAAAAAAAAUCGUAAGACAAUAACAGGCACUCUGUUGAUCCCUUACAUUUUAUAGUUCCCAUGUUAGCCUCUGAAGGCCUCAGGUUGCUGCUGUGUCCUGUGAACAGCAGUCUCACUUGCUGAGCACCAGCAGCAGUAUCCCAGCACUGAGGAAUCAACUGGGGAGGUUUACAGACCAGACCAUUUACGUAUAAGGUACCAAUUCAGGUCUUUUCUGCCUGACCUGUACAGCUGAGCAAUCUUGUCAAAAUGCCAUUCCUACUGGCAAGGAAAACCGUCCUAAAACUAUAUACAUUCUAAAAACAUCUGGCAUAAAUACAAUCCAGUGAUCACAGGCUUUUUCACAUUUUUAAGAGCAAAGUUACAGCAGGAAUAUAGACAGAAGGCCUAAACAGUGACAGGCUCAAGUAUUUCUAGGACCAUUUUCAUUUUCUGAAAAUUACUGCCACCUGUCCUGACAGUAAGAGAUAAGAAGCAAUAAAGUGUUAACUGUAGCAAACUGUAAAAAAUUAAGGUAAUUAUUUCAUAAUUAUGAAAAUAAUGAAUACAGGUGACCAUUGAGCAGCCAGGUUUGUAUGGAUCAACUGAACAUGGUUUUUCAAUAAACACAUAUAGUAUCGAUAAAUACAGCUGUAGUGCUGCAAAUGUGUUCUUUUUCUCUAGCUUGCUUUAAGAAUUAGAUAUCUAACACCAAAAAAAUAUGGGUAAACGGAUUAUCAAUAAGGCUUCUGGUCAACAGUAUGCUAUUAGUAAAGGUUUGGGGGAACCAAAUGUUAUACACAGAUUUUUUGACUGGGGGAAGGGUGUCAGAACUCCCUAAAUCUCCAAUAUUGUACAAGGGUCAAUAUAAAUUGCUAUAUACAGCUUCUAACAGACCAAUAGUGGAAAGUACUUUUGAAAGAAUUAAACUUGAUCAAAACAAGUUCCAUUUAGGUAUAGAAAAACCCAAACAACUGUAGCAGUAUCUUGAAAUCUUGCUCCUGCAGAGAGGGAGAGAAAACUGCUGUAUAUAAUAGGACUCCAUGGUCAGAAGCUGAAUGUCAUGAUGGAGAAGGGCAACUAUUCCCAAAUAAAAAACUGGUUUCUGCUGCUGUCUGAAUGAACCGGAGGUGAGACCACACAAACAGACUCUGCUACUUUCUUGAUAAAUAACAGAAGAUACUAUAUUAUCACUGUGUAUUUUGUAAAUAUUUAGUUCCUAUGAAAUGCAAAAUACACUAACCACCUGUAAGCAAGUAUUAUGUACUAGUCCCAGAAGCCAGCCUGCAUUAUUUUCCUACCUUAGAGUAAAGGAAGGAUCAUAAACUUCUUUAAAAGUUCAACUUUAAUGACAAACAUUACAUCAGUCUCUCUUCAAAAUUAGAUGUGAAUAAACAGUUUCAAACAGGA